GCGGACCUUCGGACUAAAUAUUCUUCAGUGCCAUGGUCCGAGCGAAACCAAGUCAAGUGGACGCUGUCGCUGAUCUCUAACCUAUGGCCCUUCAGGACAUGACGACCAACCUUUUGAAGGAAGAAUCGCAAUUUUGCUCGCCACUCGACUACCUGGACUAGCAUUAGAAGAUGGAGAACGAAGGCGAGAAACUGUGCGCCGCCGUUCGCGAUGGUGAUCACAGUAGAGUCGAACAGUUGGUGCGGGGUGGUGCGGACGUCUCGUGCUUCGACGGAAGCGGCUUCACGCCUCUCAUGCAUGCCGCAGAAAACGGCCACGCCUCCAUCGUCAAGCUCCUGCUCGAAUAUGGGGCUCCCUGGAACGCCCUCAACCCGUCCGGCCAAUCCGCGGGCGACCUCGCCAUGGAAUCCGGCCACCAGGAAGCCUUCGACCUCCUUCUUAAUGCAGGGAUUCAAGCCGAGCUGGUGCUUGGGACGAUAGCAAGGAGGAAGAAGAGCGAGGACGGCGAGGGUGGUAAGAGCUAUUUGGAAGAGAGGAUAUGCUUCAGUGAAGAUAGAUUGAUGGAUUCCGAGAGUAAGGCCGUGAUGAUGGAGUGGGAGAAGCCGUUGAUGGAAGCUCAUGCGAAGGCCGUCUGCUCUAGUGGUGCUGAUGGUGGACGUGUUGGUCAUAUUCUCAAUGUUGGGUUCGGGAUGGGGCUUGUGGACACUGCCAUUCAGAGAUACUCGCCCCUUUCUCACACCAUAAUUGAGGCUCAUCCAGAUGUGUAUGAUCGAAUGAUUCGUACAGGGUGGACGGAGAAGCCCAAUACGAAGGUUGUUUUUGGUCGGUGGCAGGAUGUGAUCCCACAGCUCGAAACUUAUGAUGGUAUUUUCUUCGACACCUAUGGGGAGUAUUAUGAAGAUCUCAGAGAGUUCCAUGAGCUCCUUCCCACGCUUCUUAAGCCUGAUGGAGUGUAUUCAUUCUUUAAUGGUCUCUGUGGAGAUAACGCAUUUUUUCAUGUUGUUUACUGUCAGUUGGUUGCUCUAGAACUUGGGCAGUUGGGUUACUCCACAGAAUUCGUGCCCUUGCCUGUAAAGGCUUGCCUGGAAGAAAAAGUAUGGGAAGGCGUAAGACAGAAAUAUUGGCAGUUGGAUACAUAUUACCUUCCUGUUUGUCAUAUCCCUUGUGAUGCUGAUUCUUUGCCGGCGGAGUAGUGAACUUUGCUUCUUUUCUUUUUUCUCCUAUGGGUACAUGGUGAAUUGUGAGUCAAGUAUGUCAAAGAUUUUCAAUCUUUGGGAAGUUGCCUUACCCAGUCAUUUAUUGUGUUUCUGGAAUUUGCACCUUUACCAACUCCUGUAAGUUAGCUUGUUCUUCUCGUUUAUACUUUUAUUACUGAAAUUGAAUGAUGGAAGUUGCUUGGCAA